CUUUACAAAAUUAACACGCAAGGCCUUGUUUACCUCUAAAAAACUCCGAAAUUUCACUAUUUUUUCUAAAUUUUCAUUCAAAAAAUCAACUGUGAUGACUUCCGAAGACCCUUCCCUCAUCUCAUCCGCAGCUCGGGACCAUGGAAACUGACUGUCAAUCAACUUUAAAAGCAUUUGCGGCACAAACAAUCAAAUUCGUCGACCAACUAAAGGCAUUUUUGGACUCUGAAAAGACAAAAAUACAAAAAAUGUGGCAAUUGUCAAGCAAAUUAAAGUUACUCACGAGUUCUGUUCCUCAAAAAUAUCCAAAAGAAGUUACCGAAGCCGUGCUGGGUGAAAUUACUGCCGAACUAAAUUUUUUAUUGAAUGAACAUUCGUCGAAAUUAGUUGAUUGUGAAUCUGAGCUCCUGAUCCUCCAACGGGACCAUCGAACGUUCAAACAAACCAGCAUUUGUCUAAAUUCACCAAAAGAUUCGGAGAUUUUUUGUGGAAACGAGUACCAAAAGCCACUUUCGUACUUCAUAAACAUCGGAGACGACCUAAUUUCUGAAGCAAAAUUGAUUCUUUUGAACUUAAGGACCGCUUUUGAUGUUCUUCAGAUGAACGACGUUCCAAGUUUCGAAAAUUAUCGGAAGUCUUUCGUCGUAGCUGAUGAUUUUCUGCAUUUAUUGAACGAAUUUUACGCAUUUUGUACGAUUUUCAUGAAAUAUAGUUGAAUUUUUGGGCCCUAAAGUA